AUGACGCCCAUCACGCCAGACCGUUUCGUCCCGUCGAGGACCCGCGAGCCGCUCGCUGACCGCUUCCGCACCACCAAGAGUCCGCUCGUCCUCUCUCCCGCGGAGCGCCUGAGCCGCACGGAAGAUGCCGGUCCCGAUGUCUUUCUCCACCGCCCGCCUCAAUCAGCCCCGGCUAUGCUGCCACCAAGACGCGCGAUUCGGAGUGCCGACCCUGGCCCAAGCAUUGCUGGCACUACUCUCAACCUCCGCCCCGUGCCAGUUUCGGCGCCCGAUCGCCAGGUCAGCCACGGCACCAUCUAUGCCAGAUCCCAAGUCGAGCAGGAUCAGGAGAACCACGAGGGUCGGCUUGCUCUCGCGCUCAAGAUGGAUCGAGCCUCACGAAUGCUGGAUUUCGACGGCCGCCUCACGUUUCCGCGCUGUCGAAGCAAGACGACGACAAGAUCCCGGCUUGACCAAAAGACGGCUUAG